AUUGUUCUCGUGGUUUACGGAAAAGUAGGCCUAAAAUGUUAUAGUGUCUAAAAACAAUAUUCAGUUAAUGGAAUUACACUUUUUUCCAUUACUGCUUGCUUGAUAUUGCCCUAACAACUUUUUCAUGAAUCAAUUUUGAGCAUUAUGUUUACAACGUAGUUAUUAUAGCACGAAAUAUGAGUCUAAAAUGCCAAAUACUUGCAACUAUUAUGUUAAUCACUGAAAUCUUAGUGUAUUAAUUGCUCGCUAUAAGCUAGGUUAUUGCGCCCCUAAACCAACGUACUGACAACGCUACCUCCCCGGAAUUCAAACUUUAACCGGGCAUGACUUUGGACAUCCAGUGACGCAGCAAAAAGAAGUGACGGAACAGCCAGAAGUAGCAACAACUCGCAAAAGGGGAUCCUUGUCUGACUGAUGAUUGGACCACUCAGUUGGUCACCAUCAAAUUAGACCUACAAAUAUCUUGUUUGGACAGUAAAGAUGGAGGACACGGAGCCUGAAAAAGGCUACACAUGGGAAACGGAAUACGAAAAAACCUGGGAAGCCCUAAAAGAAGAUGAUGAUGGAUCACUACAGGCUAGCGUGGAUGAAAUUAUUCAGAGAGCGAAGCGGAAAAGACUGGAGGAGAGAAAGGGGAAUGUCCGCUUGGGAAUGAUGAGACACUUUUUCUUGGUGGUUGACAUGUCGAAUGCCAUGAUGGACCAGGAUUUAAAGCCAACAAGAUUCAUAUGUUCCUUAAAGCUCUUGGAACAUUUUGUGGAAGAAUUCUUCGACCAGAAUCCUAUCAGUCAGCUUGGUAUUAUUGUAUCACGGAAUAAACGUGCAGAAAAGGUGACAGAACUAGGAGGUAAUCCAAAAAGACAUGUCCAAGCACUGGAGACUCUGAAUGAUAAGACAUGCCAGGGAGAGCCAUCACUGCAGAAUGCUCUAGAGUUAGCUUUGCAGACUCUCAGACACAUGCCUGGUCAUGCCAGCAGAGAAGUCUUGGUGGUUCUUGGAAGUUUGACAACUUGUGACCCUGGCGACAUUGCUGUGACGGCUAAAACACUUAAGGAACAAAAUAUACGGUGCUCUAUUGUUGGAUUGUCGGCGGAGGUGAGAGUGUGUAAGAAGCUCACACAAGUCACACAUGGGAAAUAUGACAUUAUCCUUGAUGAGCAUCAUUUCAAAGAUCUUCUCUGUCAGCAUGUGGUCCCACCACCAAGUGCGGCGAAUAUGGAAUCAUCCCUAAUCCGAAUGGGUUUCCCUCACCAUAAGUUGAAUGCUGCAUCGGACCAGGAGGAAAAAUCAUCCAUGUGCAUGUGUCACCUGGACAGUAAAAACAGCGAGGGUUUCAGCACGAGUGGAUACUUUUGUCCUCAGUGCAAGAGUAAAUAUUGUGAGCUGCCAGUUGAAUGCAAGGCUUGUGGAUUAACCCUCGUCUCAGCACCCCAUCUGGCGCGGUCGUACCACCAUCUCUUCCCACUGCCUGUGUUCAAGGAAAUCUCACCACAAGUUCUUCAUCAGAUGCCACUCAAUCAACACUGCUUUGCCUGUCAGGUGCUCUUCACUGAAACCAUCGUUUACCUCUGCGAGAAGUGUGAGUGUCUCUUCUGCUCCGACUGUGAUAUGUUUAUUCACGAUACGCUACAUUCCUGCCCUGGAUGUGCUAGUUCAAGAUCCACACAGCAGAGUGCACCUUCUGUAGACAUGAUCACAUGACAUUUUGUACAAAACGGACCUAGUUUUGCCUGUAAACAGUCUGUGCAAACUGAUUGUAGGCUUUGCUAUGGUGAAAGCCAAGGUACUGCACACACUGACCAACAGCAGAGACUGACAGGACGGACAUUUGAUUUACUGCAGUAACCCCUGGAAGCGCGGUGGCACAGCGUCGGAGCAUACGAAUCCAACGUGUUAUAGAAAGGUUGUUGGUUCAACCCUCGGUAGUUUCAACAGGCCUGAAAUGGCCAAGUGGCUAAUUCCACAACGCAGACAAUAACAAACUUCAUUGUCAUCAUGAUGUCAACUGGAAGACAAGACCUGUGACAACUCAGCCCAAGUGGAAUUAAAACUAUCUAGUAGAGGAUGUCCUACAUGUAGUAGCUUGACUGUUCUUUGUAA